AUGACAGAGUCAAGGCGAAAAAUGCCGCCCCCAAGUCGGCGACGGGAUAAGCCUCAAUUAUCAUGCAACAUGUGCAGGAGGAGGAAACUGCGAUGUGAUCGAAACCACCCUUGUGGAGCUUGUAGUCAACGAGGUCUUUCCCUGUCUUGCACAUAUCCCCCCGGCGCAGGCGAGACGGGGCGGAUCACCAAAGAGCAGCAACCAUCAGCCAAGUCAACUUUGCCAGAGCGCAUUGGGCAGCUGGAAAAGUUGAUCUCGCGUAUUGUGGAUGAUGCCGGCAUCCAGAAGACCCCUGUCCGGGUCCAAAGUCAGAAUCCACCCCAUGGGGACGAAGACAAGGCAACAUCACAGGCUGAAGCAGAGGCCUCAAGUGACCCAUCCGACUCAUUUGGUCACAUAUCACUGCAAGAUAGCAAGACGACAUAUGUUCAAGAUACACACUGGACCGCAAUCUUAGAUGGGAUCACCGAGCUCAAGGACUCAGUACAGCAUGAGGUGUCAAGUAAUUCAAAACAAACACACUUCCUGCAUAACUCGUCAGAUAUGCUGUUCCCCCACUGUGAGCCUGCAACCCAUAGAGAAAUCCUGGAAGAGCUACCCUCGCGAGAAACCUGCGACAGACUCGUUGCUGAUUUUUUUAAUUAUUCAUCUAUACCAUGUGAGAGACACUUCUUCGCUUUGAAUUCUCUUCCAUAUUGUUCUAAACUUCGCAAUCUAGUGCUCCAUGGCCCGUCAUUUUUGAGACAGUAUGAUCGAUUCUGGGAGAAUAAUACUGGGACUCACAUCAUGUGGAUUGGGAAGUUGUAUGGUGUAAUGUCUCUUGCGUUGAUGUUCCAAAGCGAGGGUGAGUCUUUGAAGAAUCGGAACGAGCUGAUCGCAAAGUUUGACAAGAAGGUAAACCAAUGCCUGGUUCUUGGCGGAUACCAAGAUUGUCCCCCGCAUACGAUUGAGACCAUAUGCUUUACUCUGAACACCCAGUUUAAUAAAAUGGGAAACGGUGAGGUGAACGGCGUGAUUAUUCUGGGUAUUCUUGCACGUAUGGCCCAGCGCAUGGGCUACCACCGUGACGCAUCUCAUUUCCCUCACAUUUCUCCUUUUCAAGGUGAAAUGAGACGAAGAGUCUGGGCGAUGAUUACAAAUCUUGACGUAAUGCUUUCAUUGUCCGUCGGGCUCCCCCGGCUACUGCGAGAGUUCCAGUCAGAUACAGCACCUCCACGGAAUCUUUUGGAUAGUGAUUUUGAUGAAGAUACGACUGAGCUGCCGCAAUCACGCCCCAUUUCGUAUUCGACACCCUGCCAGUGGCUAGUCGCCAAGAACAAACUGACUAUGGUCCUGGGCAUUAUCACUGAUUUCUCAACUUCGAUUCGGAGGCCAAGCUAUGCAGAAGUCAUGCGUUUGGACCAACUCCUGCUUGACACGUAUUUGGAGAAUCCACAAUUUCUACUAGAGCGACCUUUAAGCAAGUCUCUCAUGGAUACAUCAGAGACCAUUCUUCAUCGUAUCCAGCUUGUAACCUUGUUUGCAAAAGCGAGAUGUGUUUUGCAUUAUCGAUACCUCGCAUCUUCGAGGACUGAUGAACGGUAUUCAUACUCUCGCAGCACCUGCAUUGGAGCCGCUCUCAAAAUUCUUGAGUACCAACGAUUGAUGGAUCAAGAAACACAACCUGGAGGCCGCCUAUUUCGUGAGAGAUGGAAGAUCAGAUCACCUAUUAUGAGAGGCGUCACCUUAUUGGGAACGACUCUCCUCUGCCUAGAACUAAAUCAUGAUCUUUCAAAUAACCCAACAAACAACCCGAAGUCAAGACCAUUGACAGAACCCGUCAAAUCUGCGAUCAUUCAGGCCCUUCAGACGUCACAUGGCAUCUGGUCCGAAGCAGGCGACUCGUACCCCAAAUGUACCAGCACAAUCCAAGCGAUUGAUGUGGUAUUUAAGAAACUUCAAAACGAACAAAGUUCUCCCGUGUCAAAUGAUGUGCCCAGUACCGCCAAUUUAUUCAAUGUUGAACCGGCCGUCGAGUCUCUAAUAGAUCCUUUUGUUGGUGCAAACCUAAACAUCUGGCCUGAGCUUGGGGGCGCAAUGCUCAUAGACCAGGCAAUCAACUUCCCUCAACCUCAGCCUGACUAUUUGAAUUCCCCAGCUCCGUCCUCCCACAUCGCACCUGAGCUAUUGGAUCUGAUGAAAUGCUUGGGGUAUCCUUGA